AUGGGCAGAGAGCAGUCACGUGGUUCAGAAUCCUCGAGGCUCCUCCUCCUCUUCCGAGUCUCGGCGCUAAAAAGACUCCUCCCGGGCAAGAGGGGGCGCUCGCGGCUGCCUUCGGACUUCCGCAGUCGCAAAGGGAUGGCGUCACCAGAGCGGGCCGCCGGUUGUUCGCCGAGUCUUCCAGGAGGUGCUAUGUCGCCGCCGCCGCUCUUCAGCUUGCCUGAGGCGCGGCUGCGUUUCACGGUGAGCAGGGAGGCGGGCUGGGGCGCGAAUGCCGCCGCUGGCGACUCCGGAGAGCUGGGGCUUCCCGAGCGCCUGUCCUUUUCGCUUGAGCUUCCUUUUCAUCCCCGCUUGUAUCCGGAAUGGAUGGGGACGAACUGGGUUGGCGGCGGGGGGAGAGAAGCCCACGCUACUUUCUGCAUGCCCCCCCCCCGAAAAAACGACACACGCACAGCCGUCCUAUUCCGUGGCGUUUCCUGCCCAAUAAAUGUGUUUAGAAAUGUAGCAUUUUCGGUGGACGUGGCUUCCCUCGGUGGCGGCGCCGUGGGCUGGGGAAGGCGGGGUAUAAAUAAAAUUUAUUAUUAUUAUUAUUACGGACCUCCCUCUCUACCUGACCGUUUCCCACCCCCACCUCCAAAGCCAUAGGCUUCAGACCUGUUUGUUCUAACAGGCCGUUGAGUAUUAAUAAGAUUAUUAUUAUAAUAAGAUUUAUUAUUAUUAUUAUUAUGGAGCUCCCUCUCUACCUGACCGUUUUCCACCCCCAAAGCCAUAGGCUUCAGACCUGUUUGUUCUAACAGGCCGUUGAGUAUUAAUAAGAUUAUUAUUAUAAUAAGAUUUAUUAUUUUUAUUAUGGAGCUUCCUCUCUACCUGACCGUUUCCCACCCCCAAAGCCAUAGGCUUCAGACCUGUUUGUUCUAAGAGGUCGUUGAGUAUUAAUAAGAGAGACAUCACUUGCAAGGGGAGAAGUAGCUUGCUGGACCUGUGGUGAUGUUCAUUCAUACAAAUCACUGUUUUGUGCUACAGACAACUAUUGAGGGACGUGUAUAACAUCUGAAUGUAAUAUAUGUUUAACAAGUUUAACAUUCGGUAUAAUCACUGUAAUUCAUUAUCUCAUCUCUAAUUCUAAAAUGGAACUCAGCCCACUUUCAGGUGGUUUGCUUAGAUUGAGUUAAACACUGGUAAAAUGUAGUCACAUGAGUAUUUCAUUGUAGCCUGAUUUUGUUUGGACUUACUCAGUCUGUAUUCCAAACAUUCCAGUUUAAUCAUGUGAAUUGGCCCUAAUUCAACCAAAAACACAUUUGUUUGUUAUUUGCAGAGGUGAAUGGAUGCACUCCUAAGUCUACUUAGUUGAGAGUAAAUAAUACUUAAAUAUGUAGUGCUUUCUUCUGAGAAACUAUGGUUUGGAUUGUGCUUAUGGGAGCACCACAUCCCAUAGUCACCUUUGACUGGACUUAACUGUCCAGGGGUCUUUUACCUUUACCGUUACCCAUCAUGUUACAUUUCCAUAUCUGUUUUCAAAACUGCAUGGCUAAGGGCAUGCAUUUUUGCAGCGUUUAAAAGCUUUAAGUAUAGAAUACACAAACCUUGAGGCACAUUUUAUGCUUACAUUUAUUAUUUCUGAUUGUCUCAAAAAGGGGAUAGGAUAAACAGUUUAAAUUUUAGAUUUAAACUUAGUUUUGAUUGUUCAACAAGUGUACAAAAUGUUAAGAAAAUGACACGAGGUAAAAAAAAACCAUUAAAAGUUUGAUCACUUGAUUUGGAAUGACCCAAGAAGAGUUUAUAGUCUGAGUGUACAUAAGUCAUGAAUCCUUUCCUUGUACUGAAGAUAUUCAAUUAUAAUUUGAACUUGUAUUCUAGGAUAUAAAGUCAGUCUGGUUAGACAAGUCUAGUUUUGGUUUAGGCUGUGCUAUGAGUUAUAGCAUGUUUUCCUAUGAGUGACGUCUUGGACUUAAAGUACUAGAGCAAUUAAAUUCUAAGUAAAUAUGGAACUUUAGAAUCCCUAUUAUCCAUGCUUGUGGUGAGAAGGCCCCAAUGCAUAAACUUUGCGAAAGUGAAGCAGUUCUGAUUUGUGCCUGGGAACUGUAUGUUACCCAUCUUAAAUACCAUCAUGCAAGAAAGGUGGGUUAUAAAUUAAUUUUGAUAUAGAUUUACACAUAGUAUUGAAUAGAAAUACUACUUUAAAAACCUAAUCUUCCCCACUUGCCUUUUCUUCUCAGAACUCAACUCGAGAUGCACUUAAGAACAAAACUAUUAAACCUUUAUUGAGUGCCUUCAGCCAGAUACCUGGAAGGUAACCUUUAGUUUGCUUUUUAUUUCCUAACAUGCAUUUAAUUAUGUUGAUAUGGAAGGCUUAGGCAAAAUAGUCUUAACGCUUUUCUCCUCUGGUAGUGAAAAUGAAAAGAAGUUUACCCUGGAUCAAGCUUUCAGAGUUGCCUUGGAAGAAGAAAUUGUGAGUACUACUUGUUGUAACUCUACACAUCACUGUCAGUAGAAAGUGUAUGGUUCCUUGCGAAGUAAAAAAUGUGUAAUUACUUCUGAUACGUCAGGAAAAAUACGACCACGAAGGGAAGUCACCAAAUCAGUUGAACCUUCAAUGCUUUGAUUCAUCUUUUUGAAGAACAAAAACUAUAAUUUCUUGGUGUUGUGUUGGAGGAAACCUGGACUGUGGUCCUGGACAACUGCAGCAUCCAUGUUGAGGUUGCUUCAGGGCUAGCUCAAGAUCACAUGAUUUCCAUGGCAACCACAGGACUGUCCCAGAUAGUCACCAACCCAACACACAGAACAGGGCAUUCUCUUGAUUUGGUCCUUGUCCCUAGUGGGGAGUGAGCAAUAAAUCUUCCUUCAGAGGUUAUGGACGACAGUUACUGCAAUUAGAGGAAGCUGCUUUGAAGCCUGUUUUGAAGUGCUGUGUGCUUAAAAAAGGCUGAGAAAGUUAAGAAGCUGCUGUUUUUGCUGCUGAAGACAAAAAGACCUGCUUUGAGGCUUUGCCUGGGAGAAAGCAGGGAAACUGGCUGAAAUGCUGUGUGCUGCAAAGAGCCACUGGAGGCCUCUCUGUUGAAGCUGGCUGGUACGCGUGAGUACUUCAAAGCCCCAAUGGGAGCACUGGGGGAGGAGAUGACUAAGCUCAGGUUCUCCUCACAAUCAUAACCCCAUUGUGAGGGUUGGAACACUUCAUGGUGAAGUUUGGAGUUCUGGUAGCAGCCCCACUCUGAGGGAGUGAGGAAACCAUUCAGAUGGUCUUCACCAAGAGACAAUGGAACCAGAUAGGUUCCUGACUGCUCUGGCGGAUUUCGCAUGGGAUGGAGCUGGGGAUCCUGUUGAGGUCCUCGUCUUGUUGUGGGAUGGGCAGAUGAAGACAGCUGUUGAUACAGUCACUCCUGAGGGCCCUCUUCAAUGUUGCAGGGCCCACAAGACUUGAUUAUUGCAAUGCAGCCUAUGUGCAGCUGCUCUUGUGUCUGGUCUAGAAGCUUCAGCUGGUGCAAUGUGCUGCAGCUAUACUAGCGAUGGGGAAAGACUACUGCCAGUGCAUAACAGUGGUGCUUAAAAGCUUGCUCAGGUUACUCAUAUGUUACCAGGAAAGGUUCAAGGUUCUUGAAUUCAUUUACAAGGCCCUUUACAACAUGGGUCCAGGAUAGCUUAAGGAAUGCUUGAUCCCCUCUAUCCUGGCCCAGUCACUGAGAUUUUGGGGGGUGGGGAGUCUCUGUUGGUGGUUCUUCAUGGGUCAGAUGCAUCGCUUGUAACUACUAGAAGUUGUACAUUCAGUGUAGUGGACCAAGCCUGUGAAAUUCUCUCCUUGCUGAACAUCAGGCACACGACUAAGGAGGCAUUUUAAAGUAGUGUUCGGUUUUAUGAUUUUUGAAUUGUUUUUAUGUAUGCCGCUUAGAAAUGCAAAUAAUUAAGCAGACUAUAAAUGUCUUGGAGAAACCUGCAUUGUUACUAGUUAGCUUUAAGUCCUGCUUCACUUGCUUUUGUCUAAGUCAGCCUUUCCAGAUGUGUUACCCUUCAGAUCUUCUGAACAUCAGCUUGCAUCAUCCUUUACCAUUGGCCAUGCUGGCUGGGACUAAUGGCAGUUGUGCUCCAAAGCAUCUAGAGGGUAACACAUUUGGAAAGACUGCUCUAAGCCAUUGUAGCAGUUUAAUGUUGUUUCUUGACAAUGUGCUGGUGUGGCUAUUGGUUUUUAGUGGAUUUUCACCUGUAAAGUAAUGUUUACUUUGGACUAUAUUUGUUCAGAUAAACCAAGCUUCCUGUGAAAAUGUCCUGGCUAUCAUAUCACUUGUUAUUAGUGGAGUCACAGAAGGUGAGUGUGGAACAGUUUUUCUGCUUGUUUAUAAAAUUUACAGGUGGCUUACAAUAAAUAAAAUAGAAUAAAAUAAUUAAAAACCCUGCUUUAAGUAAUCCUUAAAUAAUAUUUUGUAACGUUCUGGCACCGUGCAGCCAAUUGGGGUUUUUUUCUGUGAGGAGGGGACACUGAGUGGCUUGAUACCAAGUUUUUCUAUUAGUAAUUACUUACUAGCUUUUCAUUCUUAUUUGACAGCAACUGAACUGAAAUUACUUUUAAAAGUCUACUGUUUUCUAAGGCUGCAGUGCUAAAUAUGCUAGGAAGUAAGCAUUACUGAAGACAGUGGGACUUACUUUUGGGUAAAUAUAUAUAUAGAGAGAGAGAAUUGGGCUGUAAGACUAGAUUUAAAGAAUUGCACCUGUAAAUCGAGUAAAACGUAUUUUGAUUAGAUUGUACAUUGAAUUGAAAAGUCUUUCAACAUAAACAAAUUGCAAGUCUCUUAAAAAUUCCUGAAGCUAAUGUAUACAUGUAUUCUGACCCAUGAAGGUAUCUGCACUGCAUCAACCCCUUUUGUCCUCUUGGGAGAUGUUUUGGAUUGCCUUCCUUUGGAUCAAUGUGACAAAAUUUUCACCUUUGUGGAAAAGAAUGUAACUACAUGGAAAUCUGUAAGUAUUAUUGUUCCAGGAUAGAUUUGUUUAAUUAGAAGAUUUUUGGGUUUCUGUAUUGCUUUCCAAUAUAUACCUGUGAUAUAUAGCUUUGUUAAGCCAUUAGUUGCAAGAAAGAAAAGAAAGAAGCAAUAACUCUUCCUUUCUGGAAGGAUGAUCCUAGAAGGUGAUGCUGGGCACUACUGUUGUGCCCCGUUUGGGAUUUGACCUGUGAGGUGCUGUUUAUAAAGUCUGCUGUUUUGAAAUUGUAUGUUUGGUGUAAUUUUGGAUUAAAACACUUUAAAUUAAUUUUGUUUUGAUGCAUUGUGUUUUUUCUUUAAGAACAUUUCUGACUGCCUGCUUGGAAAUAAUUGAUAUAUUAAUUAAUAUAUAAUGGGAAUUCACAGGGCUUUUCCUUUCCUUUUUCCUUUUCCUUUUCCUUUCCUUUCCUCUGUGGCCCCCAUAUACCACCAAAAUCUGGUCUGGAGAGUUGAGGAACCCUCUGUAGCAGACUCAGGGGGCACACAAAGAGCUGGAGACAUGUUUAAGAGAAACAGGAUGUCCUGUGACCCAAGUGGAUUUUUUGUUGCACAAGUGGAUGUACAUAAUUGAUUGUCACCCAUAAUCUUGCUGUGGGCAAGUUGUCCACAAGCAUUCUCUGGGCUAGGCCUGGUAUAGUGACUGUUCUUCUUCUACAGUUAAGUGAAUUUAUUUAUAGUAUCAGUGUAACCUCCAACCUUCUUACUUAAAAUGUUAACUGAUUGCAUCCUUUUGGUACUUUAUUUUUAGAACACGUUUUAUUCAGCAGGAAAGAAUUACUUGCUGAGAAUGUGCAAUGGUGAGUAGUCUUGUUUCUCCACUUCAUCCCCAGUUUGCACAACUUUCAGUGCAGUUCAUCAAAACUUCACUCGUCUCCAAGCCAACUACAUUUGAACAGUCCAGAGGUCCACCUCUGAGGGCCUUCUGGCAGUUCCCUCACUGCAAGAAAUGAGGUUACAGGGAACCAGGCAGAGGGCCUUCCUGGUAGUGGCACCUGCCCUGUGGAAUGUCCUCCCAUCAGAUGUCAAGGAAAUAAACAACUAUCUAACUUUUAGAAGACAUCUGAAGGCAGCCCUGUUUAGGGAAGUUUUUAAUGUCUGAUGUACUAAAAUUUUUUAGAUAUGCUGUAAGCUGCCCAGAGUGGCUGGGGAACUCCUGGCCAGAUGGGCGGGGAUAAUAUUAUUAUUAUCAUUAUCAUUAUUAUUACACAAUUAAAGAUAAAAAGCUAUUUCAUGUAGCAGCGAGACAUGUGCUUCAGUUUGAACUCUUUGAAACAGGGUAUUAGUAUUGUGUGUGUAUUCAAAGUUCAGAGAAUUACUGCAUGAUUACUCAGAAGUAGUUCCUAGUGAGUUUGUUUGGGCCUGCUUCUUACUGCUGUUAGGACUGCAGUCUCAGCCAGUGGCGUAGUGGGGGCCCUCCCCUGCGGCAUCCUCCUCACAUUGCCCUCCCAAGCCCUGCCCCUGGGCACGCCUGGGCACUCCUGCCCUGGCUGGGAAGCCACACUCCGCUGUUAGUCUUAGUUAGCCAUGCGAGGGAAGUGAAGACGGUUGCCUGUAGGACAUUUAUCAGCUCCUUAACAUACCACUGUCCGCCCAUAACAAACUAUAAAAAUUCUGGAGCCAUGAUAAGAUAAAAAACAUAUUCUUCUUAUUUAUCUCUUUGUUUAGACCUCCUGAGACGAUUGUCUAAAUCCCAAAAUACAGUAUUCUGUGGAAGAAUCCAGCUAUUCCUGGCUAGAUUAUUCCCACUUUCAGAAAAAUCAGGUGAGAUUUGUUAGUGUAUAAUGACAUAAACAUACUCAAAUAGAAAAAUGGAAGUUCUUUUCUAAUUUUAUUAUGCUUGUAAUUUGUUUAGUUACCGUAUUUUUUGCACCAUAGGACGCACCGGACAAUAGAACGCACCUUGUUUUAGAGGGGGGAGAACAAGAAAAAAAAUUCUCCCUCUCUCUGCCCAGCGCCCCUUCAGUGAAGCGGCAGGAGGCGCUGCGCAGAGAGGGAGAGAAUUCCCCCCCUCUUGUUUUCUCGCUCUAAUUCAAGGUGCUGUUUAAGAUGCGUUCAGGCAGCUACCUUGGAAGCCUGGAGAGCGAGAGGGGUGCACCGACCCCUCUCGCCUCCAGGCUUCAGGUUCUCGACCUGCUCUUUGGGGCUGGCGGGGGGAAGCCCACCACCAGCCCCAAAGAGCAGGUCAGGGAGCAGCGGAAAGGCGCAGCGGAGAGGCUGCUGCCAUAGUCACGCUUCACCUCUCCAGCUGGGAGAGGGUCGCAGGGCUAUGGCUGCUUUUGCCCCGCGCACGCUCUCCCGGCUGGAGAGGUGGCGCGCUGCUGAAGAGGCUCCUGCCAUAGCCGCGCGUCACCCUCUCCAGCCGGGAGAGGGUCGCGGGGGCUUCUUUGCCCGCGCGCACUCUCCCGGCUGGAGAGGUGACGCGCCGCCAUAGAGGCUCUGCCAUAGCCGCGCGUCACCUCUCCAGCCGGGAGAGGGUCACAGGGGUAUGCUUUUUCCACGCGCGAGCUCUCACGGCUGGAUAGGUGACUCGCGGGUAUAGAGGCUCCUGCCAUAGCCGCGCGUCACCUCUCCAGCCGGGAGAGGGUCGCGGGGCUAUGGCGUCUUCGCUCCAUAGAACGCACACGCAUUUCCCCUUCAUUUUUGAAGGGGAAAAAGUGCGUCCUAUAGAGCGAAAAAUACGGCAUUAGCCUGCCUUAGCCAAGGAACUCUCUGAAGGUGGUAAUGGUAGACAUUUCCUGUCUUGCUUAAUUGUAGGUAAAGUACAAUGAUUGUUUUUUAUACUGUUGAUGGGAAACAUCAUAUCUUAUAUUCUGUAAAUUGACAUAUGAGAGUUACAAAUGUCUUAUUGGGUUUUGGGUAUAAUUAUUUCCUCUGUUGUUCUUGGCUUUUAAUGUGCAUCCUUUUUUCUACAGGGCUUAAUUUGCAAAGUCAAUUUAAUUUGGAAAAUAUCACAGUUUAUAAUACCAGUGAGCAAGAUAGCACACUUGGACAGAAGGUUGGUCAUCUUUUUGUUUUCUAUUAUAUUACCGUAUUUUUCGCCCUAUAGGACGCACUUUUUCCCCUCCAAAAAUGAAGGGGAAAUGUGUGUGCGUCCUAUGGGGCGAAUGCAGGCUUUCGCUGAAGCCUGGAGAGCGAGAGGCGUCGGUGCGCACCGACCCCUCUCGCUCUCCAGGCUUCAGGAAGCUGUCCGCAAGCCUUGGGAGCCCGCGGGAGUGCCCGCCGGGCUCGCAAGGCUUGCCGCGGCAGCCUGCAGCCCGAAGCACGGGGCGCGCUGCGGAGCACGCCCCGUGCUUCGGGCAGAUGUCCACAAGCCUUGCGUGCCCGGCGGGAGGUCCCGCGGGCUCACAAGGCUUGCGGGCGGCAGCCUGUUCUGGGGGCUGGGGUCAGGGGAAGCUCGGGCUUCCCCCGCCCCAGCCCCGCGGCUGGUGGGGGAGGGAAAUAAUUUUUUUUAUAAAUUUCCCCCCCAAAAAACUAGGUGCGUCCUAUGGGCCGGUGCGCCCUAUAGGACGAAAAAUACGGUAUAUUAUCCAUUCUGUGGGAAACCUGUAGAACAAGGCAUAAAAUAGCACUCUGCUUUCUAUGUACUGAACACAUGCAACUCUAAAAAGAGGGCAAAUAAUUAAAAAAAUUAUUCAGUUACUUACUAAUAUACAUGUGAAGAUUAUUUAUUUUAGCGCUUUUCUAAACUGGAGACCAAAGGGGAGAUGGCACAAGGUGGAGGAAAUUGCUGUAUCCUAUCUGAGCUAUUUGUGUAGUUUACUAAUUACUUAGAAUUCCAGUGAUAAAGAAUAUUUUAAUCUUUAAUCUGCAUCUCGUAAUUUUCUGGUGCAAAGCCUUUUUCAGCGUUAUUAAUUCUAUAUCCCUUCUUUCUCUUCAGCAUGUUGAGGAGAGAGAGGAAGGGAUGGAUGUAGAGGAAGGUGAGAUGGGAGAUGAUGAAGCUCCUACAAGUUGGUAAGCUCUUAGACCAAUUUAAGCCAUUGGUUUGUUCUAAAAUGAAAAAGAAAUGCAUGAAAUGUCUUCUGUGGCUAGAGCAGGGGUGGGGAGCCUCUGGUCCUCCAGUUAUUGAGGAACUAUAGCUCCCAUAAGUCCCAGUUGUAGUCGGAGGGCCACAGAUUCCAUGUCCUCUUAUCCAUGAUGAGAUAUUCAGGAUAAUGUUUAUAAACAGUUUCAUCCAACUAACUUGCAUUGGAGUGGAAAAUAUUUCUGGGUGGCUAGUGAUACACAUAAUGCUGUUAAUUUGAUUAGCUAGCUUUGACUUAAAUGGUUGCAAGAGUGUCCUCUGCCGCUGUUUUGUGACAAUUGAAAAUUGGAGCUGUAUUGGUGGAUUAUCAGGUCUUUGCUGGCAUGUCUAAGGAACCAAAUGAGAAGUGUGGAUAGAACUAGUAGGCAUAGCAGAGGCAAAUAAUGCUUUCCUUCAGGUGUGCAAGAUUUUUUUAAAAUAGAGAAUUCAUAACAUUGUAGCUUCUUAAUUAAAAAUGUCAUUGUUCACUAAAGACAUUCCACAGCCAUUAUUUAUUUAUUUAUUUAUUAUUUCAUUAUAUACAGCAUUUUCUAAAAGGGGAUGCUUGACAGAGAGGCAUUUACCGUUUAACAUUAAUGGCUUUCACAUUAAUUCUAUGGGCUGAAGAGGGAACUUGGGCAAGUUUCCUGCCUGCAUUCAUGUGUUCAUUUUAAUUGUGCACCUCAUGUGGGGUAUAAAUUUAAAUGAUAAAUGAAUGUAUCUUCAGGAAUAAGCAGAAGUGUGUGAGAGUUUAUAUGUUAAAUAUUUUGUUAGUUCCAUUCCAAUAGAUUACAACCUGUAUAGAAAGUUCUGGUCACUUCAAGAUUACUUUCGGAAUCCAGUGCAGUGUUACGAAAAGGUUUCGUGGAAAACAUUUCUGAAGGUAAUGCUUUGUGACUCUAUUUCUUCUCUAAGGUCUGUUUUGUGCGCACUUUUUUUGCUGUGUAACUGCCCUGUUUGACCUGUGUAAACAAUGGUAUUGACAGAUGGUGGCAUAUAUCAUUGGAGGACGUGUAGGUCCUUGAUAAAUGAACUGACGCCAGGCUGUGUAAUAGUGUUUGACAGAGUAGAUAAAUGUUAAAGUUGGACUCUGCAAAGGAGCAUCAGUAGAUCAGCAUUUUGCAUAUCAAAUUUCAGGUCUGAUUUGUGGAUGUGAUUGUCCUAAAAUAUUGCAUUUUAUUUUUUUCAAUUUUAACAAGUACUCUGAAGAAGUAUUGGCUGUCUUUAAGAGCUACAAGUUGGAUGACACCCAAGCGUCGAGAAAGAAAUUGGAAGAACUGAAAGCUGGCGGAGAGCAUGUUUACUUUGCUAAAUUCCUCACAAGUGAGAAGGUAUUGCGUUUGUUGUUCUUAACUUGCAUGAAAACACUCUUUGCCCAUAGAAGCUAGUUAUCUUACCAAUGGGAAAUAAUUAGUUGGAAUAUUGGGUGGUCUUCAACUAAGAUCUGUUCAUGGUAGACCUGUUGAAAUUAUCAUUAAUUUCAGUGGUCCUGCUUUGAGUAGAACUGAUACAGGAUACAACCCAUCCUGCAUUGUUGGGCCCAUGGUUAACUUCUACCGCUCUGUAUUUCUGUUUAUGUUGUAAAAUACAUUGCAGGAGGCUUUCUAUCCAUCUGUGCAUCUUUUCUUUCAGUUAAUGGAUUUACAGCUGAGUGACAGCAACUUCCGCCGACACAUCCUAUUGCAGUAUUUAAUAUUAUUUCAGUAUCUAAAGGGACAGGUGAAAUUUAAAAGGUAGGUUAGUAUUACUAAAUUUGAACUAAUUCGUUUUUUAAAUGCUUUAUUUUUACCCGUAUAAAAUCCCUGGAGAAACUUUUUUUAUUGUUCCCCAGAAUGGAAGAGGGAACUGUGAUCUAGAAGGUGGGCAUUUUCACCAAUACUUCCUUUCCCUUUCAGCCUCACACCCAUUUCUGGUGGGUCCAUGAACCUUCCAGAACAGCUCUUCAGGGACCACGGGGGUGGGAAUCAUUAAUACUCAAAUUAUUAACUUAAAUAUGCGGAACGUCAGUCUUCUUGACAUAUGUGAUGGCUUGCUUUCUAGUUCAAACUACAUUUUGACAGAUGAGCAGUCUCUGUGGAUUGAAGAUACUACAAAAUUAGUUUACCAGGUCAGUGAUAUAGACUGCGGGCAAUAUACGUACAAGUUGGUCUGUUUUUGUUUUUGUUUUGUUUUGUUACAAUUGAAAAAUCAAGUUAAGCUAUCUAGAUUGUGAAGCACAUUUUGGAUGAUUAGAAACCAAAAUAUAUUACUUUGUAUUUAUGAUAUUUCUGAAGCUGCAGUCCUAACUUUGGAUGCUGCAACCUUUGGCUAACUCUUUGACAUCUGGUAACAGCUUCUUUCAGAAAAUCCUCCCGAUGGAGAGAGAUUCUCAAAAAUGGUAGAGGUGAGUGACCUCUUCAUAAAUAGAACUGAAUAAAAUUUUAGAUGAGUACCAUCCACUUAAAUGGGGUUUGCGUCAAAACAGUGAAAUGACAUUUUCAAGUGCUAUAUCUGAUGCUUGCUUACUGAUAAUGUCUGCUGGCACUUUCCCCUCUAACUACAAGAUAUUCUCCAUGGAACUGUGACCAAGUUGCACGAAUAUGUGUGGGGUUGGGUACAGACAUGCCCUUCUACGAAUGGAAGGGUCUUUCCAUUUAUGAAAUGCAGUGUGAUCAAGUGAAGGCUGGCAGUCCCUGUGUCACCAGCAACACUCUUCCAGCAGGUCCCUCAACUAGAGCAGAUUUUUGCUGAACUAAGGAGCCUGAAGGGGGAAUUGGCAAUUUUUUUUUCUUCCCACACUCUUCCUCUAGCAAGAGUGUCCUGUGAAUAGAACAGAAUUCUGAAUCCAACCCAUAUUAAAAAAAGAUUACCUUUUCCCACUGUCAGAAGUACAGUGGUGCCUCGCAAGACGAAAUUAAUCCGUUCCGCGAGAGUCUUCGUCUAGCGGUUUUUUCGUCUUGCGAAGCAAGCCCAUUGACGGAUUAGCGCUAUUAGCGCUAUUAGCGGUUUAGCGGCUAUUAAAGGCUUAAAGGCUUAGGGGAUUAGCUGCUAAAAGGCUAUUAAAGGCUAUUAAAGGCUUAGCAGAUUAGAUAAAGGGGGGGGAAAGCGAAAAAAAAUCUCAAGACUCGCAAGGUAUUUUCGUCUUGCGAAGCAAGCCCAUAGGGGAAUUCGUCCUGCGAAGCAACUUCAAAACGGAAAACCCUUUCGUCUAGCGGUUUUUCCGUCUUGCGAGGCAUUCGUCUUGCGGGGCACCACUGUAAACACGGAGAUUGUAUUUCUCCUUUGACCUCUACCCUGGAUACCUGAUACAUUCAUAGUGCAGAUGUCUUUAAAUGAAAAAUGCUAAUACUGAAGGUGACAGUAACUCACACUGACACAUGUUUUUGCUUUUAUAGCACAUAUUAAACACUGAAGAGAACUGGAAUGCAUGGAAAAACGAAGGUUGCCCAAGUUUUGUGAAGGAAAGGUAAGUUCAAAAAUGUUGUUUAGAGAUUGUAUUAGAUCGGAGCAACAUUCAGGUUCAAGGCUUCAUCUUCUUGUUAUACUUGUGUUUAUAUAUAAUAUUUUCAAGCUAAUAAACAGGUUGUGCUGUAUUAUAUUAAACUAUUUAGAAACAAAUUCAUAUCAGGGAGCUUUCCUCCCCCCCCCCCUUGGAUACAUAACAGGAGUUAGCAAACAUUUUCAGCAGGGGGCCGGUCCACUGACCCUUAGACCUUGUGGGGGGGCCGGACUAUAUUUUGAAAAAAAAUAAUGAAUGAAUUCCUAUGCCCCACAAAUAACCCUGAGAUGCAUUUUAAAUAAAAGGACACAUUCUACUCAUGUAAAAACAUGCUGAUUCCCGGACCGUCCGUGGGCCAGAUUUAGAAGGUGAUUGGACCGGAUUCGGCCCCCAGGCCUUAGUUUGCCUACCCAUGAUACAUAACCUUGGUAGGUUCUUGUCAUUUUACGGACCUCUACUUUGAAAUUUUCAAGAACAGCUAAGGAAAAUGUCUAAGGAGCUUGGGGUGGCAUUUUAACAUAAAAAAGAAACACAAUUAUUUGCCCAAGGUAGAACAGGUAAUAGCUGCACAUCUUUGCACCAUUCUGCUUGUUAACCUUAGCAUAUCUGUUCUGUAGACCAAGUGAUCCCAAGCCAAUAAGACUCUUUGUGCGAAAGAGACCCGUUCCUGAAGAUUUCCUGGGGAAAGGACCUAACAGAAAAAUUCUGAUGGGGAAGUAUGUUAAACCUUUAUAGUUCAUCACUUAUAUAUCUGUAAUCUUUUAUAGAUAACUUAAUGAUAUGUAAACGGUUAUUUUGAGGUUUGGUUAAAGUAUGAAUGUCAAUAAAUAAAUUUAUUUCUGACAUUUUUAGGCUGCCGUUCAUCACAUUAAAAAGAUCCCAGCAAAACAGAAAACACAAUGAUUAAACAAACCAAGUAAUUCAACUGUUAAUGAGUGCAGCAGUAUGUGAAUGCCGGGGGGGGCAGUCUUACUCAUUUAAUUUGAAUGCUUGUGGAAAUGAAAUCAUAGAAUCAUGGAAUUGUAGAGUUGGGUCGAGUCUAACCCCUGCAAUGCAGGAAUCCUGCCCACAGCUAUGCCUGGGUGGGCUUGAACUACCAACCUUCUGGUUAACAGCCAUUGACCCAUUGCACCACACAUUUUUACAUGCUAGUGGAACCCCAUCAAAAUCUCUGCCAUAUGUAUUUCCAGGGGAAGGGCAUUCCACAGCUGUGGCCCGCAACAAAGAAGACUCUCUGGUGCAGGCAUAGGCAAACUUGACCCUCCAAAUGUUUUGGGACUACAACUCCCAUUAUCCCUGACCACUGGUCCUGUUAAGCUAGGGAUGAUGGGAGUUGUAGUCCCAAAACAUCUGGGAGGGCCGAGUUUGCCUAUGCCUGCUCUAGUGUCACCAUAUAGUGCUGGUGUGAGAAACCUUUGGCCUUCCAGAUGUUGCUGAACUGCAACUCUCAUCGUCCUCAGCCAUUGGUCGUGCUUGCUGGGGUUGAUGGGAGAUGUAGUUCAGCAAUAUCUGGAGGGCCAAAGGGCUGCAGCUUUUAUAGCAGACCAAGACUACUGACAGAACAAGACCCAGCUGCAAGGCCCAUACAUAAUUGUUGACAGUAUUUCCUGUUCAUUUUAUCUCUAUUUUAAUUUUUCUUAAGAAUUGGGCCUCUUUCAGAAACAGCAGAACAGUGUAUAUUGAAGUUUCCUACAUAGGAAUUUAAAGGUGUUAGAUCUGAUCUCUUACAUGAGAAGUUUGGUACAGGUGUGUGUGUGUGUGUGUGUGUGUGUGUGUGUGUGUGUGUGUUUUAGACAAUUAAUGCAAUUUUUUUCCACUUUGAAGAAGCCCCUCUUUGCAAACUAUCUGGCUCAUCAAAACACACUUCAUAACAAUGCAGUGACCUGUUUUUUCAUUCUCAUUUUAGUGAAGAGUUGACUCGACUCUGGAAUUUAUGCCCUGAUAACAUGGAAGCUUGUAAAUCUGAGACCCGGUAAGUCAUACGAAAAGAAUAUGGCAGGGUGGUCCAUAAUAAAACCAGUUGGAACUCUUGUGGCCAGUGGUACAUCCUAAAGUAAUAUGGCAGUUUUUAUAAUAAUGUUUGUUUGCUCAGUUUAUUUUUUUACAUUUAUAUUCUGUUUUGUUCACCAUGGAACCCAAGGUAGUUUCUAGGUCAUCCAUCCAGGCAGUGACCAGACCUGACCCAGACCUGCUUAGCUUCAGUCAGAUGGUGGCCUAUGUGCCUUCAGGUUAUAACCUGGGACUGUUAAUGUAUAUAUAUUGUAAAAGGAGCAUUGCUUCUUUAAAAAAAAUGUUUUUUGUCAAGUUCUAGUCAGGUCAAUUGACUUUAUUUACUGUGCCUUUCAGUUUUUCAAGGUGGCUUGCCCAUAUGGGAGCUGCUUCUUGAAGAAAGCUGUUUCAUAUUUUAUUUCAUAGAAAUUAUAUGCCACUUAAUUGUAAAACAAACAAAACCUCAAAACAGUGUUAAAAAGCUCAUGAAGAUUUGAAUGAAUGAAUGUAGAGAGGGAGAGCAAAUAAUCAACAGAUUUGCAGGAAGUUUCUUGCCGGUAUUAGGGCAUGAGGUAUCACAAAGGACAUCUGCUAGAUAUUUCACCUAUAAUGUUUGUUCCUAUAAUUGCAAACAUAGAUUUAAUCCAAAUAGUAGUAUUUCUUGAUGCUUUGAUAUGGAUGGAAUACUUUUUGCAUGUUUCACAGAUUCAGAUAUGCUAUAUCACAGUAAAAGGAACAGUCUUCAAUUCACUGAGCUGUUCAGCCACAAUAGAACCUACAUCAAAAAUGCAGAUGACAGUAGAAAAAAUAGUAUUUUUUUCUCAUUUCAUUGUUGGCCACUCUUAUAUUGAAGGAAUUGCAACUAAGACGUGGAAACAUGAAGGCAGUCUAGAAAGUUAAACACUAAAUCUGACUUUUAUUUUCUAGAGAAUAUAUGCCAACAUUGGAAGAGUUCUUUGAAGAGGCUAUUGAACAGGCAGAUCCCGAAAACAUGGUUGAUAAAGAGUUUAAGUAUGUACUGCAGAUCAUUUUUCAUUGCCGUUUACAUUUCUCAUCCAUGUUGCACUGAUUUGUUCAUCUGCUUCAAACAUAGUUUGGCUUGCACAACAAAGCUGAGAAAAGAAGCUCCUUUUUCCUAGAUGCCAAAUGGCAGACUAAUUCUGACUUUGAUGGCAGGGUUGUGAAUAAUUCUAACUACGGCUGGAGAGCGCUACGGCUAUUGGCACGUAGAAGCCCCCACUUCUUCCAGCCAACCAAUCAGCAAUUCAAGAGUUUACCAGAAUACCUCGAAAACAUGGUCAUCAAAUUAGCUAAAGAACUACCUGUAAGUAGUAAAACACCUUGAUUAUCUCUUUAAAUGCCUAUAACUCUCUGCCCUUAAACUGCAAGCAGACGAUUUUGUUUGUGUGUUUUGUCUUUGUAACAUUUAGUAUUUGUGAAAAGAACUCUCAUCAGGAGGGAGACAUGAAUUUUGGGUUUAAAGGAUCCUUUUUGCUUUGUACAUCUACUUUUAUUUUGGCUCAUGAUCUUCUUUGGAAGGAUUCAGCCCCAUGGGCUGGACAUUCUCUUGGCCUUUUAAUAUGCAGGAAAAAAUAAGAGAACAGGAAUUUGUCUUGACAAUGAAGCUUUUAGUUAGUUCUGGGAAGUCAAUUUGAGCGAGUGAUUAUUUUUUGGAACCAGUUACUAAGAAUUCAUUUUCAUUGCAAUGGGAUGUAAUUUCUGUCUUAGCAGUUUUGCAUGGGAAUUCAUAGAAGCAUUGAUUUACAGUAUCUUAAAAGAAUAUUAAGAUUAGUAGUAGUUUUAGAAUAGACAUCUGUAUAAAAACAAGGUAUGGUUUCUUUAUAAAUUCCAAAUGUCUUCUUUCUAAACUUUGUUCUGCUACAUGUAGGUCAGAAAUCACCAUGUAGCAAAUUCUUUUUACGUGCAAAUCCAUUUGGUGAUAUUCAGUUCUCUCAUUAUAGCCUCCUUCCGAAGAAAUUAAAACAGGCGAGGAUGAAGAUGAGGAAGAUAAUGAUGCUUUGUUAAAGGAAAACAAUGAAAGUAAGACUGUGUUCUUGGGGUUUUCCCAUUUUCCUCAACACAUGUUGUAAAAGGAGUAUAUGAGCAGACCCACGUUCUCCCCAAGAUCAUCCUGUCUGCUGCUUCUGAGUAGCAGUAAUAAUGCUUAAGUCCCAUGUUCAGAAAGAGGAGCCACACAAAGGCACAAAACCAGGGCCUCCUAAUCCUUCAUACUUUAUUGUACCCUGGCCGCCUUGAUGGAUAGUCUGUGCUUGUUAAAUGAGUAGACCUUGAGAGUAGUGUCUCUCCUAGAGUUUUUUUCCUGCAUCUAUCAUAGCUCCUUUGUGCAAACCCUGUUCUUCCAAAACAGCAUCACCUUGUCAACAGUUGCACUCGCUCAUCUGCUAUGUUCUAUGAAAACUAUUGGUAUAUAUUUCCACCUGAAGCAAGUCAGUUUGAGAAUUUGUCCUCUUCUAAAGCUAGUUUUCAAAGACCAUCCUUCCAGUUCCAUCUCCUGCCUCACAAUUUGUGAAUCAGUGUCUGUCCCUAAACUUGGCAUAUCCUUGAUCUUUACUUUCCAUACCUUUUGGUCUGCUUAUUUUUUGUGUUCUGAUUAAAUUCAUUUGCAUGAUGUCUUCCUUCCUCAUGUGAUCACUUCAUAUCCAGUUUGCUCUCUGAUUCAUGCUAUAAUUUCAUGCAAGUCUUCUAUGCUUAUUCAUCAGUGCCUCCCCACCCUCCACAAUAGUACUGAAAAGUCAGCCUUGCUUUAGUUCCCUCAGUGGAAUCCUGCUUAUGUACUUACCUGCUCUAUUGCAUUCUCUCAUUUUAGUAGCUUUUGUUCUUUUGUUUACUAAUUUUACUUCCCAUCCUCUCUAUUUCAGCAGAAAUCUGCCUUUCCCUUUGCUGUAUCUCACUCUUACUUGUUUUUAAAGUUCAGAUACCCCCUUCCUGACUGUUUUUUACCAGCUACAUGUGAACUUUUCCCCGCUCCUUGGCCAUCCAGUUUUCAUUUCAUUGAGGGCUGUUUCUGAAAUAUAUUGUAAAUGAACGUGACCAAUAAACAAUAGUCAUUAACACUGGGGAACAGGCAGCUUUCUUUUGGAGCAGUUAGGGAUUCCUUUUGAACUUGCAAAACAAAGGCAAAUCAGCUGGGCAAUUUCAAUGUUUAGUAAAUUAAAACAGCUGUCUAAAAUCAUGGAUUGACUUAAAAGUAAUGGUUGAGGUUUGCACUUUCAGGGAGUAUAAAAGUAGCCUAACAAGUGAUCUGUCUAUAGUCACAAAUGCACCUUCUGUAAUAUGAUUUUAAGACAGUAGAAUUUAAAUAAAACUUGGAAGCAUGAAUGUAAAAGGAUAAUUCUUUACUGAAACUGGACAAUGCUAACAAGCUGUUAGUUUUCAGAAACAGGUUUGUUGAGUGCUGCAUUAUACAAUGCUAUUCUCUAAAUAUUCUUUUUUAUGUUUGAUUUUAGGUCCAGAUGCUCAACGGGAUAAACUUGUAACAGGAGAACAAAUAGAGUUGCUUGCUAACAAGCUUGGGGAAUACUGGAAUGUUCUGGCCCCAUAUUUGGAAAUGAAAGACUCUGAUAUAAGGCAAAUUGAAUCAGAUAGUGAAGAUGUGAAGAUGAGAGCUAAGCAGCUGCUUGUUACUUGGCAAGACCAAGAAGGCAUCCACGCUACAAUGGAAAAUCUGAUUACUGCAUUGAACAAAGCUGGAUUAAAUGACCUUGCAGAAAGCCUAACAAACGAUAGUGAAAACAAUAGCUAAAAUAGGUGUUAAACAAGGAAAAAGAAGCUGUUGUUGCUAAGUAACAACCCAACAUUUGAUAGAUCAGUUUAAUUUGGUAAGCAAUAAAACAUUUUAAAGUAACCUUCUGUCUAGAAAUUCCAGGAAUAAAUGAAUUGUUAGAGCUGUUCAAAAGCAGAUAGGAAGGUUACUGACUUUUUCCAUGGAAUAUGGGUGGUGAAGGGACAUAGUACACAAAUAGUCCUUACAUAAUUUGAGAUGCCUUAAGUGCUCAAAUUCUAUGAAGAUUGGAGAACUAUUGCUCUUGGUUAGGGAUUCCUCCCCAAUGUACAUGUGGCUAAAAAUGUUGUAACGUCCUUUAGUGAAAAUCAGGUGCCUGUUCAGUAAACUUGUGUUAGUAUUAUAGCAAAUGGGAAACCACUUAACAGAACUGUACUGCUGUUACAAAGUGGUCCCAAUAGAAUACUGAUAGAAUGGUAUCUUCCUGGUCUCUCACCUUGCCAUUGCCCCUAGUUUUGUAUGGAAAUGAUGCACAAGAGAACGCUGCCUCUAGAUCAUUCUUUGCAAACCUGGUGCCCUUCAGAUGUGUAGACUAAAAUUCUCACUACCUCUUGAGAGCUUUGUUGGCUGGGCUCGAUAAGUGUAAGCCAAAAGAGUAGGAGAGCAGCAUGCUGAAUUACUCUGGUUACUUAUUUCCAUGCCAUUUCUGUUAAUAUCUUUUUAAUAAUCUUAAUUAAUGAUCAUUCUAUGCUUGUAGUGUUUUAUGCAUGAAAUUAUGACUGUUUGAAGACCUGUUUUAUAUACAGCAAGUAUCUGAUCAUUCUAAGGUACUUCAUUGUAGUGGAAGUCUCUCCUGUUGUUAGCAGUGUUAUAACUAGAUGUUCAGUUUUGGCUUGGGCUUUUGUAGUGCUGUUUUAGAGUGCUAGCUCCUACAAAGUCUCUGGGAUAUAGGAUACAGUAUAGAUGUACAGUGAAGGGCAAUACAUAUGUUUAUGGGUCUGACUCAUUAAGGUUUGUCAAUUCCUGGUAACUGGCAUUUUGUUAGUUUCUGUUCCAGCUGUAGAUAUUCUGACUUCAGAGCUACUAGGCCUUGUCGCUGCAACAAAAAUUAAAAUAUGCCCAGAAAGGAUCACAAUAUGAAGAGGCUGAUUAGGAUUCCCCUUUAAGCUUACCAAAUUAGUGCUUUAGCAGAUCAUUUUGUCCCACCUUUUGUGAUGCAGUGUGAAAAGAUGAGCUGAGCUAUGGAAGAACCCCCGGGAUUUAAGCAUGAAAUGUUCUUAUGGGUAAAGUCGAUGCACUUUCCCAGAAAAUGCUUGCUCUUGCCCUGCUGAAAUUGUGAAAUGCCACACUUAAUAUGUUCAUAUUACUCUAAAUAUCAUAGCGCCUAUCUGUGGAUAAAUUAUAAAGUGUGCUUUCUUAUAAGGAAUGUAUUUGCUUUCACAUCAUUCCCUAGGUAUGUUUAUAUACCUGACCAAUACAGUGCCAUUGCUGUAGCUAAUCAAGUUUGGGCCUGACCAUGAUCAAACAAGAAGCCAGCUACACACAAACAGACCAAUACUGCCUGCCUGAAAUUGGUGGCUUCCUGUAGAUCCUUUACUGUUCACCAAACACAUUGAAUCGAUUCAAAUCCUAGAAAGUUGUAAGACCUAGGUUUGCUGGGCACCGUUGGUUUCUGUUGCCAGAAACUCCACUACACCAUUUUUCUUGCUUAUAAUUUACUGCUAUUAUUAGGUGUUUAACUGAUUACUACUGAAGACUUUGUAGCAGGAAAACUGGCCUUCUGUGGCAGGUUCAACAAAAUAUACGUUCCAUGGAGAUAAGACUGGACUAGGGAAGUCUACCAACUAUUAAGCCUGUAAGAUUUCUAGGUGGAACAGGAUGAAAUAAUAAGAAUAUGGUGAAACAGAAGAGACUGCUUACACAUUGACUUCUAUACAGAGCACCAACUUACAGAAACCCAUCAUAGUAUUUAAACCCAUUUAAAAGCAUAUAACAUCAACAUGCAGUAUAAGAAGGUAGAUAAUUCUUAUUAAAAACUUAUUUAAAGAGGAGCAAUUUCCCAAAACUGUAACCACUUCCUCUCCUUUACCUCAAUUUAAACCACUCAAUCACAGUUCUGCUAAACUGUAUUCUUUGGUUUCCUGUCGAAGCCGGAUGGGAUGCUUACUUAGCCCUGCACUGGAUACAAGCCAAGAGGUAUACGGUUAAGCUCUAGCAAGAAGACAAAACACCAAACAUUUAUGUAAGAAGCACCAUCAUUACUGAUCACCAUUUAUUCAAAGUCAUGGAAUGCCAGCAACAGAACAGACCAGGUUGGCACAUCAGGCUGGACAAAUACGUGAUUGUAGCCAUAUAUCCAUAGGCUAUGGGCAGCAGCACUGUGUUACAUGUUGAGGCAACAAUUGAUAUUCCACUUGACAAAGCUGUCAAGACACAAUAGAAAGGAUCGACAGCUACUGAACUGGUAGAAACCAUGCAAGAAUUAACAACAAAAUGAUGCAUGAAUAGGUGUGUAAUAAAUAUCUUGCUGAUAACAUUAGAGGAAAGGGCAGGAGGCCUGCUUAAUUUUGUUAAAAUUUAGUUGUUUUAAAAUGGUCUCUUUUGCAACCCGAAACCUAAAAUCAAUUACAAAUAUAACAACUAUUGAGUGACUGUAGUAGUGACUUUAGUGCAGAGGUCAGUUUCAAAACCUGAUUUGCUUCCUUGCCGCUCCAAAUGACAGUAGACUGAAGGAACCAAUUUUGCAGCCUCUGUGAAGCUCUGGAGUUAAGAAAUUUAUUUCACACCUAGGCAGAAAUGGUAAAAAUGAAGUCUAUUGAUCAGCUUCCGCUUCCGCUACUUCGAUUCUGCGUGGCCCAUAAAGUAGAACGUAAGCUAUAUGCCAGUCUCCACCCCCUGAUAGCCUCAAAAUAUCUUCAGGUGUAACAAUGCUGACUUUGUCGUCAUCAAAUUUAAUCCACUCAUCUGUGAAGAAAAAGAAAUAGUAAAUUAAUACCACAUAUUACAUGAACUAUUCAGAGCCAGGAUUUCCAAUUUAUCGUUCAAUAAAAACAGCCAACCUUCAUGUACUAUUAUUUUGCUAGCGUCUAAAAUUGCCUCAGUACCUUGUUUUCUUUUAACCCAAGAUACGUAAUGUCCAGAAGAACUAGAUCUUCCCUGAUGUGUUAGCACUGCCUGUAGGUCAUAAUAUCCACAGUUGUUGGAGCCAAUAUCUGGGGAAGAAAGAUCAUAAUGUAACACUACAGUAAACAAUCUGCACACUUAACCCAUGUCUCUUUGUGAUUGCCACAGGAAUCUUUACAGCAGGCAUGGGGAACUUCCACCCCACAAAUUUGGCCCACAAGCCUACUUUCCCCAAACCUUGCGCAUGUGGCAGAUACUGAAGCAGCUAAAUCAGCUGUGCAGCUUGAGUUCCUCAUGGGUACUUGAUUGCACAGUGGAUUCCUGCAGAAAGCAGCUUUACCACCCAGUGCUGCAAAAAUACUUGACACCCAGCACUGACAAGAGGUCUAGACCUGCCAAAGUUGACCCAUGAGAAUUGGAACUGAUAAGUGGUUUGCCCACUGGGUCAAAAAGGCUCCCAACCCCUGCUUUAGAGUGGGAAUGGGGAACCUAUAGCCCUCCAGAUGCUGCUAGACUACAACUCCUAUGAUCCUUAAUCCAUUUGAAGGACCACGGAUUCCCCAUCCCUGCUCUGGGGAAAUGCAACUAAGCCAUUUUAUACAAAAUAUAUUUUCAACCAUUUGGGUUAAAGUUGGGUUCAAGUAAGUUUUAUUCAUGAAUGCAUUCUCUCCACAUAAGCACACACCCAAGGACACCAAAUUAAGCAUGUGAAGGAAGAGACUGCCUGCAAAAUUAAGCAGUGUCUGGGGUUAGGGAAAUUUGUAGAUACACAGAGCAAAUAGCAGAACUACAUGUAACAGGCUUUAGGAAGAAAUCAGCCUUGCUACCUGUGUUAUUUUUGUCCAGACUUGUUACCUGCGGCAGACUGCAAACAACUUGCGUAGAAAAACCACGCAGUUCCAUUUUAACAAGUGCAAGCAAAAAUAAAAUUUAAAAAUCAUCUACUUUAACAACAAAAAAGAGCGUAGAAGAUCAAAUGCUUGUCUGGUACAAAGACAUGAUCUCACCUGAUCUCUUUCCUGUUAUAUUUCUGUAGCAGUUGUGAGCUUUAGUUUUUGUACCAUAGAUACUGCAAUCAAGUGCCAUUCAAAUAUUAAGCUGUGCAAUUUAUCAGACACCUCUUACACCCUUCACUCACUUGGUCAAAUAUAUCUUCAGAUAUUCAGAUAAGGAAAUAAUAAAAAUGCUUUUGUGUUUUGUCUAUUUUCAAUACCUAAAUGCCUUAUGGUAAUCUAAGGUGAAAAAAAUCAGAGUUUUAAAUGUAUCCAUUAAAGUUCUUUCAAUUUCCACUUACCAUCAGCAAAGGAAAAUGGCUCGUAUUUUGCUUCCUUCUGUGCACCAUCACCUUUACUAGACUUAAAAAAUAAACAUUUAUGGUUUACAUGAGUUAUGUUCAUAUAAGGC